UUCAUUCAGUUGGUACCGGUGACCGUGGUAGUAGCUUCCCCGUUAUCGCCGCAUGCUCUAGUAUCAAAACAAACUAACAUCAUCACAUCACCGUGACUUUCAGUAUAUGAUGAAGAAUUAAUUAGUUGAGAAGAUUCGCGUGACUGUACAUCUUCGAUUUCUUAGUGGCAAAAUGGAGCCGCCCGUAGGUUUGAUGGACAGCUGUCCCAACAAUCUCGAAGGAUUCUCAGGUCAUCUGUUCCUCACUCUUAUAAAUACUCUGGCGGCAAUGAAAUGCUCAUUGGGCUCACCGAAUCAGUAUUCUGAGGACUUUGGGCCAAACAUUAUGGACGGAGAUGCUUUCGACUUCAUAGUGGUGGGAGCGGGAUCAGGAGGAUCAGUAGUGGCGAACAAGUUAUCCGAGAACAAAGAUUGGAAUGUUCUUGUGUUGGAAGCUGGAGGAUAUCCAUCAGCAACUAGCGAUAUACCAGCGCUGCUGUUUAGUGUCAUAGAUAGCAAGGAGGAUUGGCGGUUUGAAGGUGAACAAGAAAAAGGCUCCUGUUUGGGUUUCAAAAAUGAACGAUGCAAAUGGCCCAGAGGAAAAUUUCUUGGAGGAUGCAGCUCGAUAAAUGCGAUGUUGUACGUGAAAGGAAACGAAAGAGACUACGAUAAAUGGUAUGAAAUGGGCAAUGAAGGAUGGAGUUGGGAAGAUGUCAAACAACAUUUCAAAGAUAAUGAAAAUAUUCAGAAUCUCGAGUCAAGCAAAGAUUAUGGAAGAAAUGGCUACCAAACUAUAACAUAUUAUAGUUCAGACGAACCAGUGAAAGAGUCCGUAAAAGCAGCAGGUACCGAAUUGGGCUAUAGAUCUCUUCUUGAAGAACAGCCCCAGGAUCCAUUGGGAUAUAUAGACGUUCCUCUCACUGUUGAAAAUGGCGUUAGAAUGAACGCCGCAAAAGCAUUCCUAGGUAAAGCGAAAGAUAGAAAGAACCUUCUGGUAGCCGUGAAUGCCAUGGCGGAGAGGAUUUUGAUAGACAAGGCGACGAAAACUGCCAAGGGAGUUCAAGUUAGGAUUGGAGACAGAGUGGUGAAAGUUUAUGCGAAAAAAGAGGUUAUACUGUCCGCGGGAUCCACCAAUUCGCCACAUUUACUGAUGGUAUCCGGUGUCGGCCCUGAGGCUCAUCUCCAAGCACAAGGCAUUGAUGUCAUCCAAGACCUUCCUGGAGUAGGGCAAAAUCUCCAGGACCACCUCAACUUUUUCGGAUUCUUCGUCAAACUAGAUCAUAACGCAGAAAAGCCACAUUCUCCACUAUCGAAUCUAGAUGCAGUUUACGAGUACUUUACGCGUAGGACAGGGGCAAUGGCGGGCAUAUCAAUAACAAAUCUGAUCGGAUUCAUAAACACGAAAAAUGAUUCGAAGUAUCCUGACGUACAGCUACAUCAUAUGCUACUCAGGUCGGCAGAUCCUUAUCUCCUACCAGCAUUUUCUAAGGCAGUUGGAUUUAAAGAUGAAUCGGUGGAAAAACGAUUGAUGGUAAAUGCAAACAAUCCGGCCCUAAUCAUAACAUCGCUGAUACUCAAUCCGAAAUCUAAAGGAAACUUGGAAUUAAGAAGUAAGGACAUAUACGAGGCGCCAGUCAUUCGCCCUAAAUAUUUGACGGACCCAGAAGAACAUGAUUUGAAUACACAUUUGGAAGCAAUAAGAUAUUGUCAAGCCCUGCUCCGAACAGCCUCCAUGUCGAAACACAACCCCGAACUCGUCCACGACGUCAUACCAGCAUGCGACCAGUUCCCAUACGAUUCCGACGAGUACUGGAAAUGCGCGAUACGGCACAUGAGCGGAACCUUGUACCACCCAGUAGGCACUUGCAAAAUGGGCCCCAAGGACGAAUCCACGGCUGUGGUGGACUCAAAGCUGAGGGUCAUCGGCGUGAACCGGCUUAGGGUGGCGGAUGCCAGCGUCAUGCCCACCGUGACCAGUGGAAAUACAAAUGCUCCCACCAUGAUGAUAGGGAGGAAGGCUGGAGUGAUGAUAGCCGGGUAUUGGAGUAAAGUCAAGGACGAGCUGUGAUAUUUUUAAGAAUUUGUGUUAAGUUAGUUGUAAGAGAUGUAAUAAAUUGGUGUGUAUACAGGGUGUUCGAAAGUUGGUCGGAAAUAUUUUAAAAAAUAUGAAAAAAAGUUUCUAUAAACGACGUACGCGAACAAAAACAAAACAACAUAUUAACUACUGUUAGCGUUUGCGAAAAUUAGUAAGAUUGUGGUGAUUGUGGUCGAUAUAAAGCACUUAAAGUUGUAAACUAUAAAGCCAUUUAGACAAAAAUCUAUUGAAUUUUGGACCAUGGGUCAUAUGAACUUUUUGACUUGUUUUGACCCCUCGUAUUACCCAUACUAAUAAUGACUACCAUAACGUUUACACCCUGUAUACAAGUGCGGUUGCGAACCAGUGGUUUGAUGGUCGGAAGGGCAAUGACAAUAAGGUCUUUUGGACUGUUUUCAAGCCGUCCCCCUCUUGUACUAACUCUGGCCCCGAACUGAGUUGUGUUCAGCGAUGAGUCCAGAUUCUGUUUGGGCACACAUGGUGGCGGUGUAAGAGUAA